AGAGCUCGCAGUUUGCUUUCUUUUUCUUCAAUCUCGUGCCAUCUGGUCGAUCAUCUGCCAUAGACUAGAUCCAAUUGGCCUUCAUGUCUUCAUGCCAGACGGGCAGAGAAUUGUUUUUCGCGAUUAUUUGAUCGAAUUUCGCUAAUCAAGGGUUUCGGCGCAACCAGGCAAAAUGGGUGGCCAAGUAUCAAAGGUGAUGGCCAAGAUCUUCGGAUCGAAGGAGAUGCGUAUCCUCAUGCUGGGUCUGGACGCGGCUGGAAAGACAACAAUCCUCUACAAGUUGAAGCUCAACCAAGACGUAACCACCAUCCCCACCGUCGGAUUCAACGUCGAGAGCGUCACCUACAAGAACGUCAAGUUCAAUGUCUGGGAUGUCGGUGGUCAGGACAAGAUUCGUCCUUUGUGGAGACACUAUUAUUCCGGAACCCAAGGUCUUAUUUUCGUGGUUGACUCGAGCGACACCGCUCGUAUGGAAGAGGCACGCUCGGAACUGCACAAGAUCAUCAAUGACCGCGAAAUGAAGGAUGCACUGUUGCUGGUCUUUGCCAACAAGCAGGAUAUUGAAGGCCAUAUGAGCCCGGAGGAUGUCACCAACGCUCUCCAGCUCACCAAGCUGAAGGACAAGCUGUGGUACGUGGUUCCUAGCGUUGCAACGCAAGGCACGGGAAUCUUCGAGGGCCUGGCUUGGCUUUCGAACAACGUCAAAACUCAGCCCCCGAAAUAGACCAUAUUUACAGUCGAAUGGUCACAAACGCCUAAUAACCCCAUCGCGCACUUCCGCAGAGGCAUAAUUGCAGACAGCCUCGUGUACAACUAAUCCCGUUCGGCAAAUAAUUUCCUUGGUAUUAUGUUUGUUCUCAUGACAGACGACGCAGCAUCUGGUUUGCUUUCAUCGCGUAUCCGCAGUUUUCCCUAUGUGUAUGUGCUUCCACCCCUGAUUUUCCCUUUCUCUUUCUAUGAUAUCCCUCUUG